UGCAUCCCGAAUGGGCUCUCUGAUAGGCUCUCCCGGCGGCUCCCAGCGCACCUCCCUUCAUUGGCCUGUCCCGAAGGUGGAGAGAUUGGGAUGAGACGGAAAGGAGAGCGGUCGCGGUGGUCUGGGAUGAGAGCGGGGGUUAUGAAGAGGAAGGCGAAGGUGAAAUCUCUGGUAGCAGGGAAGGAGCUACCGCAGAAGAGGGCGUAUGACACAGACUCCAGCAGGCACCAAUCAGAUAAGGAAAAGGGGAAGGAAAAGCUGGAGGAAGACGAGGCCUCAGCAGCCAGUACCAUGGCGGUUUCAGCCUCCCUCAUGCCACCCAUCUGGGACAAAACCAUCCCAUAUGAUGGCGAGUCUUUCCACCUGGAGUACAUGGACCUGGACGAGUUCCUGCUGGAGAAUGGCAUCCCCGCCAGCCCCACUCACCUGGCCCAGAACCUACUGCUGCCUGUGGCCGAGCUAGAGGGGAAGGAGUCGGCCAGCUCUUCCACAGCGUCCCCACCAUCCUCUUCCACCGCCGUCUUUCAGCCCUCUGAAACCGUGUCCAGCACAGAAUCCUCACUUGAAAAAGAGAGGGAAACGCCCAGUCCCAUCGACCCCAACUGUGUGGAGGUGGAUGUGAACUUCAAUCCCGACCCUGCAGACCUGGUCCUCUCCAGUGUGCCAGGCGGGGAGCUCUUCAACCCUCGGAAGCACAAAUUCGCAGAGGAGGACCUGAAGCCGCAGCCCAUGAUCAAAAAGGCCAAGAAGGUCUUUGUCCCCGAUGAGCAGAAGGAUGAAAAGUACUGGACGAGACGCAAAAAGAACAAUGUGGCAGCCAAACGGUCCCGGGACGCCCGGCGCCUAAAGGAAAACCAGAUCACCAUCCGGGCGGCCUUCCUGGAGAAGGAAAACAUGGCUCUGCGGACGGAGGUGGCUGAGCUACGCAAGGAGGUGGGCAAGUGCAAGACCAUCGUGUCCAAGUAUGAGACCAAGUACGGGCCCUUGUAACAACCCGUGCCCUCACCCUGGCUGCCCUGCCUACAUCUCAGCCCUCUGCCUGGGGGCUCCCUGAAACCCCACACGUGUGUGGAGACUUAUGACUCGUCACGGGCAAAUGGCGACGCACCUGCUCCAGGAGCUGUCAUGUUCAAGCUUCAUUAUCCCAUGGCCAGCGCACGUGGCGACUUCCCUGGGGAACCAGCCUGCUCACUGGCAGGGACGCGAGAAUCGACGUAGACGGGUGCAUCUGCCUUAGUUUCUGUUCUUGGAUGUCCCAGUUGAAUUGGAAGGGGACCUCUGGAGUACAGAUCUCCUUUCCCAGGGCACUCAGGCUGCCCUGCUCUCCCUCAGUCUCUACCCCGGGCUGUGGAGGCCUGUCUCUGCAGAAUGAGUCCAUGGUUGUCGCCGUACAUCUCAGGUAGCAGGGUGUGUUCCUAGGCAGGCUGUGUCGGCGGGCCACCUCUCCUUACCCAGAACGUCUGAGAGAAACAUCCGUUUCCUUCUCCCUCAGAGGCAGAAGACACACUGGCUCCUCCGUCAUGUCUGCGUGGCUGCCAGGCCACCUGAGUGGGGCUCCGCCAGCCUGGGCAGAGUUGGGGUCUGGGGCCUGCAGUAAAAGUGCACCGAACCAUUCACAGCUACCACACCCCUUUACUCUCGUGACUCGGGGGGCCUGGAAGCCAGGGAGGAGGCGCUGGCAGCCGGCUCUCUCUGCAUUUCGUCUGUUGUGAAGGGGAGGUCCCCAGGCCGGCCAGUCUCUGAGUCUGGUCACAGUGCAGAGAGCUGCGCUGACAUCUCCUCUUCUCCAGGUCACUUGUGGAGGCCACCUGAAUCUCACUCGUCCCACUAGACUGUUUCUUUCCACCCAGUGACCAAUCUCAGAUUUUGAAUUUAAAAGGAAAACCCCCUUGUUUAGGAAGCUUACCUUCCUUAGAGGCAGGAGACUUCUGCACGGUGGUCGGGAAACCGGUCCCCACUGUGGAUGGGGAGCUGGGGUGUGUGUCUCCGUGUCAUCUUGCUCUGCUCCGGUGUGGGCCGGGCCAGAGGAAGGCAGGAGAGGGCUUCCCAGUUCUUGCCUCAGGAUCCCUCCCCUGUGCAAGCUGCCAAGAGGGGACCCGCCGGGCAGGACACCCGGCCAGGGGUCACCAGGGUCGCAGUGCAACUCAUGGAACAGCAGGUUCUCUGGACAUACACAUGCGGGUCUCCUCCGUCUGGUCCCGAGAUACAGGCAGUCUCACAAACGUGGCUGUGGUAUGUGGAGGGUCCUUGCAGCUGUGGCUUCGCUACCUCACAGCUGCUCUUUCUUGUGUCCAGCUGGACUUGUCUUUUUGCUCUGCCUGGGAGAUUCAUCGAAGAAAUCCAUGGAACCCUCUGCUCGUUGUGGUCAGCUGGGGCAUCUGAAGAUGGGUAUAUUUAUUGGCUCAGGGCCAGGCAGCCUGUGGUUAACGGGUUGGAGGUGACGGGCACACUUUGUCAUGCUUACCACUGACUUUAUUUUUAAGUGGUAGCUCCAAGACCCGACUCUGACCCCCAAAGACUUUAUAACAUAAUAAGACCCGGGGAAGCCAUCCACUGACCGUGGACCGCACCCCAGAGGAAUGCCACGGCCCCCGGGGACCCGCACACCCGCCUCUCCAGGGGACUCGACAAGGGUGCCUGAGGCCAAGGGGGGUCACCACCUCCCUCCAGGCCCCUGACUUUUACUUCGUGGUUCUAUAAAACCCACGUUCACACUUUUCACUCUAUUGUAACCACAACAGGGCAGUUGCAUCCGGCAUGUCAGUGUCCUGCCCUGGGCCGCUCGCCCGCCGCCCAGGCGUUCUCCCUCUGGCCGGGCUGCCCACCAAGAGGGCAGUUCUCAUUUUGUUGUUGGUAGAAGAGCCUCCAGCUUAAAAGCUCUUCGUUUUCUUUGGCCAGAAAGUGUAUGGCUUGUGGGUUUUGUUUCAUUUUUUUUUUAAAGGAUGAAGACUUAAUUUCUGGGUGGCAUCCAUGUUCUGACUCCUGUGGGUGGGACGGUGGCCUGAAGUCUCCCCUUUCUGUCCCACCCUCUGCACCUUCUGCCUGUUCAGUGCCCUCCCCUUCCUUCCCCCAGGCAGUGGGUUUCUGGUUCUUUCCCAAAGUGCUUAUGUGGAAAGAGUGUGGCUUCUGGCCUCUUUUAGAAAAGCCCCUUUGAGUUGGGAGCCUAGCAGACACAGGAAGGAAAUGUCCAUGGGGGUGACGUGUUGGGGAACAGGAGCCCAGGGAAAUGUACCUCCUUCCCAGGCCCAAGAAUGGAGUCCUUGCAGGAGGCGGUUGGUGCCUGUGAUUUCCAUCAAGGAGACUCCCUCCUGGCCCCUCUCCAUCUUGGGGCUGGCAGCCAAAGACUGAGACUCCUCUGCUCAAAUCUUUGACAUCUCCUUAAAAAGCACUGGAGGCCAGAGAAGCCAAUGUCAAGUGGCUUUACACGGGUUUGCGAUGGGCUGGGAGGCGCCAUCCCUUCCUAAGCGCCCUGUCUUCAGUUUAAUGGCAGCUUUGCUACAGCCUCCGAACAGACAAAUUGUGAAUGAGCUAGAAUGUUGCAAGAAUAUACAUAUAGUAAAUGUGUAUCUAGCUAUUGAUAGGUACUUAGAGCAUUCACAAUGGCCAGUAGCCUUGCGGAGGGCCUGGGUAACUCUUACCCUUGGCCAAAGGAAGGGGGUUGCCUGUCUGGGGCUGAGGUUGGAGAAGGCACUUAGCGAUGUUACCCUGCUGUGGCCCUGGGUGGGCAGCCCCUGCGGCCCUCCAGCCUGAAUCAGGGUGGCAGGUGUGGGAGCCAGCAGAGGAGGGCCCCUUUGUGCUGGGCAGCUCCAGGGCCCUGGAGCCCUGGUUUUCAUGGCAAAGCCCCACCCCAGAGCUCCUUUAACAUCUGUUAAUUAAGUGCAAUAAAUUUUUCUAGAAAAUGGUAAAGAUGAUUUCCAGGUGGAUAUUGCUAUCUUAGGGUGUUGGGGAUGCCAGAACACCACUUGGUUUUAUUUUUCUAGGUGCAUGUGAUGUGACAGAGUGUGUGGGGGCUUCCCUGUCUUCCCCUGGGAGCUGGCAUUCCAGUGAGCCCCUCUUUCUCACCUUUGCGGGGGAAGGAGGCAAGGAGAAAACUCCUUCCCAGCUGGAGAGGGCAGAAGCAGACUGUAGCCCAUUGGCCUUAUGUGCGUGUGUGCGUGCGAGUGUGUCGCUGCUGGUGGGCCGGAGUGAUAUGAUGGGGAGGGAAGCUGGGAAUGUAACCUUUUCAAAAUGAAAUUAAAUAUUUUGAGACGAGA